AUGUAUGAUGGAUCUAAUCUAACUGUCAGAGUGUACACAGUCACCUCUAAAAGUGCAGUGCUGAGCUGGAGUACACAGGAUGGCUCGUCUUCGUACCGACUCACAGCGUCGCCUCGGAAUUCUCCCAAUCCGUCCGUCUUCAGCAGCUUUAGCCAAAACACCGUCAUGGGCUCCAUCAACACCCUGUCCCCCAACACCGCUUACACUUUCACGGUGGAGGCACUGGACGGUUCUAUGAGAGUGCUGGCUCAAAACAGCGUGGACGGAUUGACUGCUCCUGACAUCCCCACCAUCACAGCGGCUUCCUCGAAACAGAGCCAAAGAAUCACGGUGGAGUUCACCCAAGUCUUAGGUGCGUCCUCCUACAUCCUACGGACCGAGACCAGUAAAGGCUUUAUCGUAUCCGAGACGUCUGUGCCAGGCUCUCCAGGAACGGUGUCCGGCUUGCAGCCUUACACCAACUACACUCUGAGCGUCAUGUCCGUCAACAGUGGUGGCAGAAGCCAGCCUUCAUUCUCAGUCCAAGCAAAGACAGUGUUGGCUGCUCCUCUGCUAAACAGCAGCUCUCCCAGUAACAGCAGCAUCGAGGUGAUCUGGGCUCCGGUACCAGACGGCGUGCUCUACAGCAUCAGCAUUAUCCGUGAUGGUUCGUACCAGCAGAGUCGCCUCAACACCAGCUACACCAACGUCACCUUCAACAACUUGGAGGCUGGCACUAACUACUGCAUCAAAGCUAAUGCCUGGAGUCCACUAAGCGUACCUGGGGACGACUACACCGUCUGCCAGGUCACCCGUCCCUCUACACCUCAGUCCAUUGUACUGCUGACCACGACGGUGAAUGAUGUAAUGGGUCGGUCGGUGUCCUGGAACCCUGCUCAGGGAGCCAAUGAGUACGUAGCCCUGAGCUCGGCUGGGCUGAACUGCUCGUCUUACUCGACGUCCUGUACUCUGAGUCCAUUGAGCUGCGGAGAGAUUCAUAAUAUCUCUGUUACUGCCUUCAACCAAGCUGGACCAAGCCAAUCCUCAGAUCCGCAGAGUUACAUUUCAUUCCCGUGUCCUCCAGAGCAGGUCCGUGUGGAUGACCUCGGAAGCGGGAUCUGCUCCCUGUCCUGGAACUCUGUGUUCUACGUGGACUAUUACACUGCCUUCAGCAAACGAGACGAUGGAAUCGAAGAGAUGUGCAACUCCACAGGCACCUCCUGUAACUUCAGCUGCCAGUGUGGCUACUCCUACAUCAUGAGCGUGUUUGCUAACAACCAAGCUGGAACCAGUCCUCCGGGUCAAGUCUUGAAUCAAACCACCUUGCCAUGCUGCUCAGAGAACACUACUGUGUCAGAGAUUUCCUGGGAGUCCCUGCUGAUCACGUGGACGGUGGUGCGAGGGGCAGACAUGUAUGAGGUGCGAGCUGUAGACCCAUCUAACCGCACAGUGCUGUGUAAUGACACCUCACCGGAGUGUGUGCUCUCUGCCCUCAACUGCAACACCAAGUACAAUGUCUACGUCUUUCCAUGCAAUGAAGCACGAGGGUGUAAUCGCUCCUGCAGGCCCCAGACACAAGAAACAGCUCCAUGUAUGCCUGAGCAAGUGACCGUAAGUCCAAGUAACUCCUCGUCCUUUAACAUCUCCUGGACGUCCGCUAACAAAGCUGCCAACUACACGGUUAACGUGAUUGGAUCAGAAAGAAGCCCCUUUAGCUGUCAAUCAAGCAUGACAUCCUGUCAGGUGAACGGAUUAUCUUGUGGCUCCUCCUAUCAAGUCACCGCAAUCGCCUCCACACCUGCCGGUCUGAGCAUCCCCAGUUACAGCGUGUCCUUCCAGACAGCUCCGUGCUGUCCAGCCACUUUAAACGUCAGUCAGGUGACCCAGGCGAUGAGUGAUGUCACCUGGUCAGUAGCUGAAGGAGCUCAGUCCUUUAUGGCAUCGUUGACCUCGUCACGGGGCAACGCGACAUGUCAUACCACGCAGACCAAGUGCCUGAUGGGAUGCAUGACUUGUGGAACAAACUACACUGUCACACUAAAGGCCAUCAGCUCCAUGGGCAACACAGCGGUAUGCACGUACCACGGCUUCUCCACCAGUGAGUGCUGUCCUUCAAGAAUUCGUCUUUACACACGCUAUAAUAACACCCUGCGUGUGUCGUGGUGGUCCUCGAACCCUAUCGGCAACUUCACGGCCCAGGUGAGAGGUGGAGGCCGCACCCAUUCCUGCAGCUCCGCACCGGGACAGAGCAUGUGCGACGUGUCCGAGGUCACCUGUGGUGAUGUGUACACAGUCAUUGUGGCACCUGUAAACCCAGACGGAACCAUGGUGCUGUUCUGUCCCAGCAGGAGGUACUCGGUUUAUUGCUCAGGCACAGAUCUCGGAAUGGUACUUUAUCGAGGCAAGAGGAGUCUGGAUUAGCAAACGCUUCAUCUGACAUCCACUCUCCAAACAAAGAGCACAACUGCACUCUUCUCCACAUCCUCCACCCCACAUUUACAGAUCAAAAGAUACACUAAUUAAAAUAUACAUGUAUCGAUUUAUUGAUACAAGUAUAUGUGCCUUAAUUCUAGACACAUUGUAUUUAAAAAUGUUUAAAGCCAUUUAAUGCACGCAUUUAAAGAUUCAGAUUAGCUACCCCAAAGCAUGUAGAGUCAGUGUAUUGUAAUGUUACAGUAUGUACAUGAAAUGAAGUCUAAAGGUUUGCGUGUUUGUGUGUCGGGUCACUCAGACUUAGCAUGGAGUAUAAUUUUACUUUGCCUAGGUCUGUAGAAAAACUGUAAUUUACCAGAUUAAAUUAAAGUGCACUUGAUUCAGGUAUCCCAAAAUGUUCUCAGGGUAAUGGCCAUUUUUUACUUCGUUCUAUUAAAGCCAGAAAUAUUUGUUUGGAUAUUAUAAAGUAAAGUCUAGCAAAAAAAUUAAUAAAGAAAAAUAAAAGUUAACAAAAAGAUCCAACUUAUAAUGGCAAAUGUCAAUGCAUUGAUUUGAGAUAUAAUUAUGUUUUAAAAUCGCAUUAACUUAAAAAUUUUAGGACACCUUUCUAAUGUCUUGUGCCUCCAAAGGAAAGAACUGUUUUUAC